UUGUCAAAGGCAGACAACACCUGAUUGGCACAUACUGCGUUGCCCGUGUCACAUCCGGGAGUGCGUACAUAAUCAAGAUAUGUGUAUGCAGCUAGCGACAGUUGCAGCACUGAUGUCUACAAUGAGAGGGUUGAUCAUUUUACUGGCAGCCAUUGUGACUGCCGAGAGUACAAGAUACCUACUUGGAACAUCAUGCAGUACGUCACGUGAUUGUGGUACCGGCUCGUGCUGCAGGGACGCCAACAACAUACUCCUCGACCCUUCACUCAAAAAUCAUGACCUUGCUCCAUCAACCAAUAGGGGUACGUGUAAACCAGGAUCAGCCCAGCUGAAGGAAGUGUGUAGCAGUGGAUGCCAGUGUGCUCCAGGGUUGGUCUGUUACACGCCAAUCACUGGCGUCUGCUGUCCCUCCGACCGCUGUGAGACACAGGAGUAUGUGGACAAGAUGAAGAAAUACUGGAAUAACUGCGCCCCACCCAUGUGCUUUUUUCCAGCUCGAAAAUAAAUCCCAAUGAUAAAAGC